GUAGUCAAUGUGGGAAGAGUUUUAGUCAAUCUAGCUAUCUGACAAUGCACCAGAGAACACACACAGGAGAGAAAUCUUAUAUCUGUGGUCAAUGUGGGAAGAGUUUUAGUCAAUCUAGCUAUCUGACAAUGCACCAGAGAAGGCACACAGGAGAUAAACCUUAUAGCUGUGAUCAAUGUGGAAAGAGCUUUAGUCAAUCUAGCUAUCUGACUAUACACCGACGAGAACACACAGGAGAGAAACCUUAUAGCUGUAAUCAAUGUGGGAAGAGUUUUGUUUCAUCUAGCCGUCUGACAGUACACAAGAGAACACACACAGGAGAGAAAUCUUAUAGCUGUGGUCAAUGUGGGAAGAGUUUUGGUCAAUCUGGCCAUCUGAUUCUACACCAGAGAACACACACAGGAGAGAAACCUUAUAGCUGUGGUCAAUGUGGGAAGAGGUUUGCUGCAUCUAUCACUCUGACUCAACACCAGAGAAUACACACAGGAGAGAAACCUUAUAGCUGUGAUCAAUGUGGGAAGAGUUUUGGUCGAUCUGGAGAGCUGACAGUGCACCAGAGAAUACACACAGGAGAAAAACCUUAUAGCUGUGGUCAAUGUGGGAAGAAUUUUGCUGCAUCUAGAACUCUGACACUACACCAGAGAAGACACACAGGAGAGAAACCUUAUAGCUGUGAUCAAUGUGGGAAGAGUUGUACUACAUCUUGCUAUCUGACUAUACACCAACGAACACACACAGGGGAGAAAUCGUAUAGCUGUAAUCACUGUGGGAAGAGUUUUACCACAUCUGGCUCUCUGACUUCACACCAGAGAACGCACACAGGAGAGAAAUCUUAUAUCUGUGGUCAAUGUGGGAAGAGUUUUAGUCAAUCUAGCUAUCUGACAGUGCACCAGAGAACGCACACAGGAGAGAAAUCUUAUAUCUGUGGUCAAUGUGGGAAGAGUUUUAGUCAAUCUAGCUAUCUGACAAUGCACCAGAGAACGCACACAGGAGAGAAAUCUUAUAGCUGUGAUCAAUGUGGGAAGAGUUUUAGUCAAUCUAGCUAUCUGACUAUACACCUACGAGAACACACAGGAGAGAAACCUUAUAGCUGUAAUCAAUGUGGGAAGAGUUUUGUUUCAUCUAGCGGUCUGACAGUACACAAGAGAACACACACAGGA